AUGUUGCACCAAGAAGAACGAGUGCCCCAAGGGUACACACUCGUAACACAACCAGGCGAAGGAAGCAACCCCAGCGCCAUCCACCUCCGCUCCGACGGGAAGCUGACCAAGCCAUGCGCUUUCACAUUCGAGGCCAUCAGGCCCAACGUCUUUCGCACGACGUUCACUUCAGAGGACCACCCGCUUCCGCCGUUCCCGAGCCUUCGCCUCCCAAGCAUCGACGAGGCCGGCACCAGGACCGUAACUCAGGCCAGCGACACCUCAACGAAGCAGGUAAAGCUCGAGAACACCAAAGCCGGCACCACCGCCACAGUCGACUUCACCCACACGCCCGUGGUAUCCAUCCACCUACACGACAAGCCCCUCCACAAUGACCUGCCCCACCGGUCAUACGCCCUCGAUGGCCCCGGGGCCGCGCACUACUCCGUCUACAAGCAGAACACGCUGCACGUAGGGCUGGGCGAGAAGGCCGCUCCCAUGGACCUGUCGGGCCGCGGGUUCCAGAUCACGGCGUCCGACACCUUCGGCUACGACGCGCACCGGACGGACCCGCUGUACAAGCACGUGCCGCUGCUCAUAAACGUCAUCCCGGGCGCCGGCGCCGUGGGGGUCCUGUCAACCUCGCACGCCCGCGCCGCGUGGGCCGUCGGCAGCGAGAUCGACGGGCUGUGGGGGCGCUUCAAGGUGUACCGGCAGGCGCGCGGCGGGCUCGAGGAGUAUUUGAUCGUGGGCGGGAGCGUGGCCGAGGUCGUGCGGGAGUACGCGGGGCUCGUCGGGCUCCCGCUGCUCGUGCCGCGGUAUUACCUGGGUUACGUGUCCGGCGGGAUGAGGUACAGCAUGCUGGACGAGCCCGUGCGUGGGGCGGAUGCUAUUGUUGGUUUCCUGGAUAAGUGUAAGGACCUGGACAUUCCCGUGUCGGCGCACCAGAUGAGCUCGGGGUACACUGUGUCGGAGACACCGCCCAAGACUAGGAACGUCUUCACAUGGAACCGCCAUCGGUUCCCAGACCCGAAGGCGUUCACUAAAGAGUGCCACAAGAGGGGUGUCAGGAUCUUAGCAAACAUCAAGCCCUACGUCCUUGCGAACCAUCCCGACUACCAGAAGCUGUCAGAGGCGGGCGCAUUCUUCAAAGACCCGCUGACCGGCAAGACUUCAGUGGCGCGGCUGUGGAGCGCGGGAGGCGGCGAGAGCGGCGAGGGCAGCCACAUCGACUUCACCAGCAAGGCUGGCUACGAGUGGUGGUACAACGGGUGCCGGUCCUUGAAGGAGGUCGGCAUCGACGCGAUGUGGAACGACAACAACGAGUACAACACCCCCAACGACACGUGGGAGUGCGCGCUGGACCUGCCCAAGGACGUCGAGGCGAUCCACGUCAACGCCCCGGCGAGCGGUGCCAGCCACAUCGGCCUCUGGGGCCGGGCGGCAAACACGGAGCUGAUGGGCAAGAGCUCGUGGCAGGCGUGCGUGGACACCGAGCCGGACGUGCGCCCGAUGGUGCUGACGCGGAGCGCGACGGCCGGGACGAUGAAGUACGCCUGCGCCAGCUGGAGCGGCGACAACGUGACCAGCUGGGAGGGCAUGCGGGGCAGCAACGCGCUUGCGCUCAACGCGGGCUUCUCGCUCAUCCAGUGCUACGGGCACGACAUCGGCGGCUUCGAGGGCCCGCAGCCCACGCCCGAGCACCUCGUUCGGUGGGUGCAGAUGGGCGUGCACUCGCCCAGGUUCGCCAUCAACUGCUACAAGACCUCGCCCGAGGACAACCUCGUCGGCGAGGUCAUUGAGCCGUGGCAGUAUCCCGAGUCGACCGGCUUGAUACGCGCAGCCGUUAAGAGGAGGUACGAGUUGCUCCCGUACAUAUACUCGCUGAGCAUCAAGAGCCACCUCACGGCCGUGCCGCCGCAGCGAUGGACGGGCUGGGGUUACGAAAACGACGAGAAUGUCUGGACCAAGGAGGUUAUGGCUGGCGACACGCAGUACUGGCUCGGGGACGCCUUGAUCGUUGCUGGCGUCUUUGAGCCCGGCCAAGAGCAUGUACGAGUGUAUCUGCCAUCUUCUGACGACUCCGCCAAGCACGAGACUAGCCAGGCCGUCUGCUUCUCAAGCCAAGACGCAAAACCGACAACCAGGUUCGGCUUUUUCGAUACCAAGGCGCAGAAUGGGCGGUCUUUCCUGCCCUCUGGGGCGUGGCAACAGAUUGAUACUACUUUGGACAUGAAUGGAGAUCAAGGUGAACGUCGGUCUCCAAACCACAUCCCCGUGCUAGCACGGGUUGGUAGUGCUGUGCCAGUGGGCAAGAACCGCCACACGACCCCAUCGCCCAACCUCAAUCCUGAAUUCCCUCAGGAGGAGAAAGACGACUGGCGUGGCGUGGAGAUCUAUCCACCUCCAACGGACCAGAACUGCCUCCCAGGCAGCAGUCCGCGCAAGAUCGUCUUCGAGACAAUCUGGCACGAAGACGACGGCACUAGCGCCGCACACAUUGCUGAUGUCCAGCGUUGCACCAUCACCCUGGAGUACACUGUGAGUAUCGGUUUCGACAAGACAGAGCCAGGUGGCUAUGGCAUCGACGUCAAAUGUACGAUCAAGGGCCCUGGCCAAAGGGAAAGCGGGGGCACGGGAUUGACAUGGCAGCCGCUGUGGCUUGACAACGGACUCGAUGUUGUACUGCCCUUGGGCGUGGGGACUAAGAUCACUGGGGCUAUAAAUGUGACAGAGGCCAGGAGCGCUUCGGAGGCCUACACAAGUGCAGGAAGGAACAUUUGGAAUAUUCCUGUGGCUAUUGAAUGGUCAAUAUGA